UUACUUUAUCUUGCAGCAACGGAGACAAAUGUCAGGAACGUGGAAGGACAUUGCAAGAAGCAACCAUGUAUAGAUUUUUAUUCCGGACUGUUUACACGGCUCGAAGUUCUUCAUUCAGUGUCUAUGAGUUGAGUGUGUUGCCAGCUAAAUGCGACAAGGCUGCAGUUUUCAGGGUUGCAAAUGGAAGUGGAGUCAAAGCCAUCAGCACAAGUGCAGUCAGGCUCUGUGAAAAGAAAGACGAUGUUGGCCUCCAGAAUCAUGAUGAAAAAGCAAAUGAGGAUAAACAGGUUGACCCAACAGAAAGUCCAACUUUGGCUAUGCAGGAAGCUGAAGAUGACAUCAAAGUCAUCAAGAUGGCUGAACAAAGCAAGGAGCCAGUGGUGUUAAAGACAGAAAGCACUUCACAGCAGAUGGACAUUAAAAAUGAAGACAGGGUGUCAGUAAAGACAGAUGCAGCUAAGAGCGGGAAGGAGGGUCUCCUUGACCUUCUUGGGGCGAUGAAGGUGGAAGUUACCAGUAAAAAGAAGCUCAAAGUCUUGAAAACAAAGCAUGAUCAUCAGUCUAGCAGAACAAAUCCAGCUGCUAUGGAGAGUACCAUCAGUAUGUUUCAGAAGGCUACAGAGGAGGCUUCAUCACAGAGCAAGACUUUGGAUCCUGAACUUGUUGCAGCUGCAUCGGCUGCUGCCUCCACUCUGCCUAACAGCAGCCAGGCUGAGUCUGAGCUGCUGAGGCAGCUGAGGCAGCACGAGGCCAUCACUGAGGCUCAGAGGAAAGGAGACGUGAGCAACCUCGGAGUAAUUAUCGCUGACAUGAAAGUAGGAAAGAAACCCAACCGAAACAGCGCUUGGUCGGCCAAUCAGAUCCGGUUUGAUGAAGAUGGGCGAGGAUAUAAAGAGGACAGAGGAAUCACUGCUGAGCUGGAUGGUGUUAAGAGAAGGAACUUGUUCACAGGGAAAAGACUUAACAUCUUCUCCCCAGUUACUGAUGAAGAUGGAGUUGAAUCAGCAGUUGCACGGCCAACUUUAUGGGACAUGGACUUUGCUAAUCGGUUGUCUCGGUCAAUCGACCAAAUGCCCCGCAACGGGCUUGAGGAAAUGAUCCAGUGGACCAAAGAGGGGAAAAUGUGGCAGUACCCAAUCAACAACGAAGCUGGCAUGGAAGAGGAAGCCAGUGUCCCAUUCCAUGAGCACAUCUUCUUAGAGAAACACUUGAAGGAGAGCUUCCCCCUUCGGGGACCAGUGCGUCACUUCAUGGAGCUCGUGGUGGCCGGACUGUCCAGAAACCCCUACUUAACUGUCCAACAGAAGGAGGAACACAUUUCGUGGUUCAGAGACUACUUCCAUCAAAAAGAAGGCAUCCUCAAGGAGGCUAAUGUUUAUCUCAACCAAACUUAGGACAAUUAUUUAUUUUAUUUUUUUUUAACAUUAGUUCAAUGUGAACACAGAAAGGCAUAGCUCAUUUUCUCAGCAGGGCUUUGCUGCUAUGAUUAUCUUUACCCAAACAGUUACACAGUCUAGCAGAAACCUGGUUUAGAUUUCUUGACUUUUCCAUGAGGCCUGUUAGAGUGGACUGGCAUAAAGUCUGUGCCACCGUGUCAACCAUUGUACAAUAAAUGCUGUUUCUAAAAUGUUCAUCAGACCAUAAAACCACUGUUUAAUCACUUCAGCCAUUGAUGAUGGAGGAAAACUGUGCGGGAAGAAAGUCUGAUACAAGUGAUUGUACAAAGUAUACAAACAAUAUAAAGCUGCAAAGACACAAUCCUGGCUCUUUGCUUAUUUAAGUUGCCCACAUCUACCACUUGUCUUUUCUUUACACUAUAUUUGCAUUGUCCAAUGCUAAUGCAGACGUUUAACCAACUAUAAUGUGUCUCUAGUGUGGUCGAUUUUCAGUGUCUGGGAUAUGGCAAAUGUGUUCACAGAAGUUUUGGUGGUAUAUUAAGUGAUAUACAAAAUAUAAUUAUACUGGU